GGAGGUGUGAAUUGUGAGAAAAUGGCUGAUGAAUGGGUGUGUAGAUUAAUUAAUUCCUUUGUGUCCCCCCGCCGUCAUUCAGGCUUUUAUGUGCAGCCCUUGUGACACCCGGGUUCCUUCUAUAUUUUGUCAGGAUGUUGGCCGGGGGGGGGGGAGUUGAAACCAUUCCAGUUAGUCUGCUAACAUGUAAAUAUGCAUGUUUAUUUGCAUGUUCUGAUUUCAGUACAGGGGUUUGCUUGUUUGUGUAAAUAUGCAUUACGCUGAGUGUUUGUGGGCUGGGACCCGGCCGGAGGCUGCAUAUUGAUGAGAGGCCAUCUUUCCUGUGCUGGGACGGGGUUGAACUACUGCAGAGAAAGAACAACACUGCAUUUGUUCAAUGCAAAUGAAUCCUGAUGGGAAAAUGCUCUUAUUUUUUUCCCCAUGUUGAUUAUAUUCUAUAUAUAAAUCUGCCUCAUUAACUUUGCCUAAUAUUUCAUUAUUAAUAUAAUUUUAGGAAUCAUUCUGCUAUUUCUCCCCCACGACCUCAACAAAUGAAACCUUUUUUUUAUAUGUUUGUUUUUGACACAUGCAUGACAUGUGGUCAUACAACAUUGCAGCAGCCCCUCCUAUCUGAUAAGCCAGCCAAUUAAAUGCGUCCCUGCUGGGCUUCCUUUUGAAGCUUCGCUAGUACUCUAGUGUUGCCCAGCAACCGCAAUCGGCACAUUUCUGGGAGGUCCUGUGCGGACGGCGGUGCCUGUGAGACGGAGACAAGGAUGAGGAGAAAGGGGCAGAUAUAGGAAGAGAGGAGAGGAGAAGUGGAAUAACGGUGGAAAGUUUGAAGAGCAGCAUUCCUCCUUCCUCCGCAUUCCGUACCUGUGCCUGCCGGAGCCAUGCAGAGAUCGGGUUCUCAGAGGAUCCUGUGCUGACGCACUGUGUGGAACCCCUCGCCACAGAGGACACACACACACACCGUGUGACCUGGAUCGCUGCUAAACACAGCCCUCGUUGCUAAUACAGAGCUUCUUUUGGGACCUGGAUCCUGAGCAUCACUAUGUGGUCCAAUUAAGUCCAUAAGCGGGGUCCAACUCUGCCGCUUGUUGUAUUGUGACUGAGACCGGUCCAGGAUUGGCGUGGCUGUUCCUGGCAAGGUUAGAGCGACUCAGGCUGUCAUCCAGUAGCUGUGGUUGUGCUCCAGAGGAGAGGAUAAAUCCAGGACAUCCACGCCAGACAUUCACUGGCUGAAGAAAUGAGCGGGGUCGUGUUUAUUUACCACCAUGUUGUUUUUUAACGGUGUUGGAUCACAUCGCCGCUUUGCCCCCUGGAACGUCUGAGCCCCCAGGAUGUGGAAGUUUAAAGCGUUUUGCCUGGAUUACUGGCAUGUGCUGUGCUUGCACCCUCAGAACAACUUUUAUAAAAGUGUGGAAGGGGACGGACGGUCCAAUGAGAGCGGCCCAUCCCUGGAUGCAGGAGCCAGCUAUGGCCAGGGCCCGGUGACCCAUGGGUUGGCCAUCAGCCCAGACCGAUUUGAUAGCUCUCUCUACAGCCACGGGAUUCAACCUGGGCCUCAGAGACCUCGCCGGCCCAAGCUCCAGCACUCGCAGUCCAUUCUCCGGAAGCAGGCGGAGGAAGAGGCCAUCAAGCGCUCUCGUUCGCUCUCUGAAAGCUAUGAGCUCUCUGCUGACCUCCAGGACAAACAGGUGGAGAUGCUCGAGCGCAAAUAUGGUGGACGAUUCAUAACUCGGCAUGCGGCUCGCACGAUCCAAACUGCCUUCCGCCAGUAUCAGAUGAACAAGAACUUUGAACGUCUCAGGAGCUCCAUGUCUGAGAACCGUAUGUCCAGACGCAUUGUUCUCUCCAACAUGAGAAUGCAGCUGUCGUUUGAGGGAGCAGAGAAAGUACACAGCUCCUAUUUUGAAGGGAGACAGGUGUCCAUGACGGAGGACGGCGCCCCGUUGUCAAUGAUGCAGUCUGAAUGUGGAGAUAUACAAGUCCAUCAGCAGGCCAAUAUGGCAUCUCAUCCGCCUCCACAGGGUGAUCUGACAGACGCUAUCACGGAACUAGAGGACGCCUUUUCCAGGCAGGUCAAAUCUCUGGCAGAGUCGAUAGACGAUGCACUGAACUGCCGUAGCCUUCAAGGGGAUGAAGGCCCGGAUCCCGAGGUGGGCAGGGAGGUACCGUAUCAGGUGAAAUCUCAUCGCAGGGCAGCCGGACACAUUCAUGAUGACACAAUGGCAUCUUAUAGUGAUGUCACUUUGUUCAUCGACGAGGACGACAUGUCACCGCCCAUUGCUCUGUCGAGGUCAGGGGAUCAUCCCCCUGGUACGGAAUCGGACCUGCGGUUGCGCUCAGUCAACUCCUCCCAGGACUACUGGCCUAUUGACUCUAAAGAUGAGGGUCGUGACACGGAUACGAGCUGUCGCAGCACUCCUUCCCUGGAGUGCCAAGAACAGCGUCUUAGAAUGGACCAUCUUCCUUUGCUGACCAUCGAACCUCCUAGCGACAGUUCUGCGGAGCUAAGCGAUCGCUCUGAUCGGGGUUCGGUCAAACGGCCGCCUGUGUACGAGCCGCACGGUCACAUAGUAACAUCAUCCCAAGCGAGUCCCAAACAUAUUUCCCACGGACCUCCACCGCGUGCGCCGUCCCGGGACGAUGACGCCCCUCUUCGUCACCGCCACCGUCAGCUGGAGAGCCACCUUGCUAUCAACGGCUCAGCUAACCGGCAGAGCAAGUCGGAGUCUGAUUUUUCAGACGGGGACAACGACAGCAUCAACAGCACGUCCAACUCCAACGACACCAUCAACUGCAGCUCCGAGUCCUCGUCGAGGGACAGCCUGCGAGAGCAAACGCUCAGCAAGCAGACUUACCACAAAGAGACGCGCAACAGUUGGGAUUCGCCCAUUUUCAGCAAUGAUGUGAUUCGAAAGAGACACUACCGCAUUGGCCUAAAUCUCUUUAACAAGAAACCAGAGAAGGGCAUCCAGUACUUGACCGAGCGAGGAUUCAUCCCUGACACACCUGUUGGUGUAGCUCACUUCCUGCUUCAGAGGAAGGGCCUGAGCCGGCAAAUGAUCGGAGAGUUCCUCGGAAACCGACAAAAACAGUUCAACAGAGAUGUUUUGGACUGUGUGGUCGACGAAAUGGACUUCCAGAGCAUGGAGCUGGACGAGGCCCUCAGGAAAUUUCAGAACCACAUCCGUGUACAGGGAGAAGCCCAGAAGGUGGAGCGGCUCAUUGAAGCCUUCAGUCAGCGGUACUGCAUAUGCAACCCCACAGUGGUGCGGCAGUUUAGGAACCCUGACACUAUCUUCAUCCUGGCGUUCGCCAUCAUCCUCCUCAACACAGACAUGUACAGCCCCAACGUCAAACCUGAGAGGAAGAUGAAGCUGGAGGAUUUCAUCAAGAACUUGCGGGGUGUGGACGAUGGUGAAGAUAUACCCAGAGAGACUCUAGUUGGAAUCUACGAAAGGAUCCGUAAGCGGGAGCUCAAGACCAAUGAAGACCAUGUGUCACAAGUCCAAAAGGUUGAGAAGCUCAUUGUGGGAAAGAAACCCAUUGGAUCACUCCAUCAUGGGCUGGGAUGUGUUCUAUCGCUGCCCCAUCGUCGCUUAGUGUGUUACUGCCGCCUCUUUGAAGUGCCAGAUCCAAACAAGCUCCAGAAGCUAGGCCUGCAUCAGCGGGAGAUCUUCCUCUUCAAUGACCUUCUAGUGGUGACAAAGAUUUUUCAGAAGAAGAAGAACUCUGUGACGUACAGCUUCAGGCAGUCCUUUUCGCUCUAUGGGAUGCAAGUUCUGCUGUUUGAAAAUCAAUAUUACCCAAAUGGAAUCAGACUUACAUCAGCCAUCCCAGGUGCAGACAUCAAAGUCCUCAUCAACUUUAACGCGCCCAACCCCCAGGACCGCAAAAAGUUCACAGACGACCUGCGAGAGUCCAUUGCUGAGGUCCAGGAAAUGGAGAAAUACAGAAUAGAAUCCGAGCUGGAGAAGCAGAAGGGGGUGGUGAGGCCCAGCAUGUCACAGAGCUCCGGCCUCAAAAAGGAAGCCGGAAAUGGCAGCAUGAAUCGUGCAAGUCUGGACGACACGUACGCCAUGGGCGAAGGUCUGAAACGGAGCGCCCUCAGCAGCUCCCUGCGAGACCUCUCUGAAGCAGGCAAGCGGGGGCGUCGCAGCAGUGCAGGAUCACUAGACAGCAAUAUGGAAGGGUCCAUCAUUAGCAGCCCCCACACGCGCCGAAGAGCCACCACCCCGCGUGAGGGCGCACCUCGCGAACAUCCUUCCCUUCCCAACUCGGCGUCCACAUCCAUUCUCGGCUCCCUGUUUGGCGGCAAAAGAGGCAAACCAUCCGGCCAGAUCCACGGCCCCAUCCCCCCGCCUGGCCACCCGACCCUCAUAUCCCACAAGCCUCACCCCACUAACCUUCAUCACACGGCACAGGUGGUGCACUCCGUGCAGGUUCAGCACCACGGACACCACCCGCAGUACUGCCAAGUCCCGCAGAACCCGCCCCCUUACCACCACCACCACCAUUACCACCCCCCGCCUCACACGCAGUACCACAAGCACCCCGCCUACUCCUCACACGCGCUCCAACACGGCCACACGCAGCACGGCCACUACAGCCAGCAUUCCCAUCACGCCUCCCACCCCCAGCACGCCCCCCACCACCACAGCACCCAGCAGGCGGGCGCGGCACCCGGCGGACCCAAACCCAAACACAGUGGCAUCAGCACUGUAGUCUGAUGACGCUGCCGACAUGGCGAGGACGGCACCACAACGGAGAGGACUGUUUCUGACACCAAAGGGACUGACAGCGCGACUCUUAUGGCCUGUCCACUGUGUUUUACUGCUGCUGCCAUGGAAACCACCUGCAGGCACUGUUUCACCUCCACGUCCAACCAGUUAGCAGGAUGGACUUUUGGACUCCAGUUUCCCACCAGGGGCCUUUUAUUUCUAGUUUGUCUGAUUCUGGGUUGCCCGGGCCUUUCUCUCCUUUCAGCAGGGUUCCAGAGGACGGCUGGGUCUGUACAGGAAGAUGCCCGAUGUUCUCCACACAUACACACACACAAACCGCCGGGCUGCCGCCCUCCUAUAAUCGGGAGGAAAUACAACCACGCACGACAAUGGCGUACAUUGUUCUGCACAGCUUUUUCGGUUUGGUCCUUGCCUCCGAUAGAGCUCACCUGUAGUAAAAAUAUAAUCAUUUGACUUCAAAUCUGAGGAGUCCUAUUAGUUCUAGUGCUGUAUUUACUGUAGAUGACAGCUGUACGUGUUGUCUCCUAGCGCUCAUACAUAAAUGUGCCAAUUAUUAAUGCAUAAUCUAUUUAGUCAAAGACUUCCUGUACAGUAUAUUGUGCGUAAAGUCAUUUGUAAGAUUAUAACUUACAAUUAUUAUUAUCAGCAAAAACAUUCAUCAGUAUUAUACUGACUCUGGGGUAGCAGGAAGUGGGACACGGUGAAAUCGAACUUAAGUUUGGCCUUUCCGCGAAAGUCGGCUGGAGUUGGCAACUGUUGCAUUUAUACAACGUCCAAAUUAGUCGUUAUAGUCGAAUAUUAGUCGAAUAUUUUUUGAAGUGGAGGUGAAGCGUUGAUUGCACAGCACACAAUAAGCAACAGCUGCCUUCUCCACUCAUUAAUCCCCAACUAAUCCUGCUUUAACUCACCAAUAUGUUAUUGCGAGUGACUCAAAUCAGUUCUUACAGAGUGAAGUAUUUCUUUUUCAUUUCUUUAUCAUAUGUGCAAUAUCUUUGUACUGAUUAGGAACAAGCAAGGCGCCCCUUUUAUUUAUUUAUCUUGAGUUUCCUUGGCCCCCUCUGUUGAAAUUAAUGUUAAUGCUCGCUGCAGGCUCGGAGCCCGGUGGAAUGUCUAGUAAGUGAUUUUUGCAUGUACUGUUAUUGAUGUGAGGCUAUCCUCUGCACAUUGUAUAACAAAUCAGUGUUACCAUAGCGAGUUUAAGUGCAAUCAUUGUUCCCAAACGCUGACUUGUGCUGAGAGUGGAAGUCUUGUUGUCCAGGAUGAGAUUCAGGUGAUAGAUCAAUUUUUUUUUCCAUUUAGGAAUACAUAUAUAUAUAAAUACUUACAAGGUGAAGAAAGAGAGGAAUGUGUGUAUAUAUUUUAAUAAAGGAAUAUACUUCUUCUUGGACUGAACAGAAAUAUUUUGCUGGAUAAGCACAUAUUAAAAAAAAAAACUUUUUUUUUUUCAAGAAAUGCAGUUAUACCGCAGAAAUGUAAACUGAACUGGGAAUAUGUAAAGAAUAACUUUAUACAUUCUACAAAUAAGAGUCUAUUCUAGUGUGCACAUUGGUGACUGUAGGCAAUUUGUUCCAAUAUUCAGGUUGUACAUGUAUUUUAAGAGUCACAAAGAAAAAUCCAUGGCCAUCAAUCAGGCUUCCAGCUUUCUCCUCAUGUGGAAGGUUCUCACAUAUCACAUGUAGGACAUGAAUGUGUCUUUUUGUUGACUUCUAUGUUUUUCCUAUAAGUCGGACCCUCAAGUCCCGUUCAUGUUUUGAUACGUGUUGUCUCCAGUCGUUUCUAUGUGAGAGGGAACCCCCCCCCCCCCCCCCCAACAAUGCACUGCAUGGAUCUGAUGCAUCACAUGUCCUAUUCACUGUGAGCUGAUGGGAAAAAAUGAAAAAAGUCAAACUAUUUUUUUUUUUUAUUAUUGUUUAAUUUUUUUAUGGUUUGGAGUUUGCCAAUGUUGCUGUGUUCUUGCUGUGUUUUUGGUGUCAGGCUGGUUAAUAUUGAAGCUCAGCAUGCAUUUCAUCAACAAAGCCAUUGUGUACAUGACAAACAAAGAACAUUGCACUUCCUUCGCUGAGGGCUUUCAUUGUGUAAACAUGAGAUGUGGAUGUGCAAACUGCUCGGAAGGAGGAUUUAUCUGUACGGACGGUGUAAAGGGACCAAAAUGGCGGUGAAAAAGAAAGCUGUACAUAGUGUGAAUAUGAUCCAUGCUCUCUUAUUCUGAUCAAGAUGUACAGACAUCACCUCAUUGAGUGAGUGAGAGCUGAACAUAUCAACUGCCAUUUGCUGUAGACAUCAAAAAGCAGACUGUUAGAAAAGUUAGCUGCCACUGACGUCAUGCUCCUUACAUACACACACGCACACACACACACACACAUUGUGCACUCAGACAUAUGCAUCUCACUGCAAGCUCUUCAGUCUGUCGUGAGACUCAUUAAAAGAAAAAAAACUAAAAAAGGAAAACCACAAGAAUGGCCUCAUUUAUGUGUGCAUUCUGUUUGUACAGUGAGUAGUGAGUCAGUAAGACCCCAGUUAUUGUAAAACUUUCAACUGUGACAAUGUUGAGAACGCAAAAUAAACAAAUAUAUGACUUAUGGUAGGAAUCUUGUCU